AUGGCAUGCUCAUCCUCGCUACUGAUGUUCAAACUAGAGAAUGUGGGAUCGAGAAAUCCACUGGAAUGUCUCAUAUGCGAUCGAGAAUUUUCAUCACCUGUUCGUUUACCAUGUCAGCACAACUACUGUCGUGAAUGCAUCCAGAAUAACAAAACAUGCCCUGUAUGUGGGGCCGCAGUUGAUGGUGAAGUGUGUCCAGAUAAUCUGCUUUCAUUCUUAAUUGAUACUAGUCAUGAAACAGCUGACGUAUGUGCUAACUGUGACCAGAUUUCUCAGCCGAUGCAUUUUUGUGAAACCUGUCAACAGGCUCUUUGUAAUCGCUGCCGGCAUAGUACACAUCAGGCUCGAAUGUUUGCUGCUCACCGAGUUGUACCGCUGGAAGAACGAGCGCGGGUCAAGGGACGCAUGACUUGUGCAAUACAUGGAGAGCCUUACAUUCUAUAUUCAAUGGAAAAUCGUAAUUUAGCAUGCAUUGUAUGCUUUAAUAACGCGGGUUUUGAUUCAAGGCAUCAUCUCGUUCAAAUUGACGCUGCACACAAAAUGGGUUGUGAGAAACUGGACAAGGCAGCUGUCAAAUUGCGCGCAUUUCAAGAUGAUGUUGAUGAACAAUUGCAAUUAAGAAAACGUUUAGUUUCUGAGCUUGCUGAGAGUCACCGUGUUGCUUGCGAGAGCAUUCGACAAACUUGUCAGGAAAUGACCGAUACGUUACUGACAGUGCGAGAUCGUUUGCUAAAAAAACUUGACGAAGAAAUGGCUACACGUAUCCAUCAUUUCCGUGAGCAGAUGAGACAGCUUACGUCCUUGCAGCCAGUUACUCGCCUAUGUUUGUUAAGUGCUUCAAUUUUUUGUUCCUCUGCCUCAAAAUUGGACUUUCUACAAUGUUAUGCAGAUCUGCUCAGAAGAAUUCAGUCACUGAUAUCAAUGCAGUGUGAAAAGCCACAAUAUACUGGUGAUUUAACAGUGGAUAGCCGAGAAGAAUUUAACAGAGCUUUGGAGCCAUUUCUUGGACUCUCUUCGUUUUUGCUAUGCACUAAUGUAAACAGUGGCAGUGACGUAAAUGAAAGGAGUUGUGAAAGUGCAUCUCCUAGGAAUGGUUUCGUAAGACGUUCUGGAUCCAGUGUUGUUAAUGGAUGCCGAUUAUUCUUGAGUAAAUACCAGUUAGUUGUUGAUUUGGCUGGUGCGUUUGGUGAGCAGUUUACUAAAGUGGAAACUCCGCUUCAACAGUAUAGUCAGGAAAUGACAAAACUUGGUAAGAAAGUUCAGGAGUUACAGAGAGAUUUGACGUUGCGGCGAUGUAUUAUUGAGAAAGAUUGUACGAUUGACCUCAUCCGUAAAUGCAAAGAUUUGGAUAUGAGAGUGAGUCAGCAUUCCUCAUUUGUCAAUGAUCUGCAACCUCAAUUACAACAGAUAUGGCAAGAAGAGUUAGAUAGAGUCCGGAGACAGCAAGUUCUGUUCAGAGAAAAAAUUGAGGAAAUAAUAACACUACGUGAUAAGGCACGCCAUAUUGUCAGCGCAGCUAAGCAGCUUGAACCGUACGCUAUUUGCUUAGCUGCUGUAACAUCUGUCAUCGAUCACAAGCGAUGUCACAAGCCAGACCCAGCUCCAAUGGAAAGCAUCUGUCAACAGAUCAAUACUAUUGAACCAGAUAGCCAACAGAGGAUUGAAGCUAUCGAAAAAGAAGAACAAAAUCGUCGUUUAAUACAAGACCAAAAGAAACGAGAAGAGCAAAUGAAAAUUGCAGCAGUUAAAAAAAGUCUAAAAAACACCAAAGAGCAAAGAAAACUAGUGAGGAAAUCAGCUGGUGAUAAUUCUCGUUCUUCGCGUCCGCCACUCGUGAAUAUGAUUCGUGAUCGAAGCCGAGGUGGCACAGACCGAGCAUUAUUGUCGCCUUGUCAACGCCGACAGAAGAGUUGGUUAACUGUUUCAAGGAGUCAGUCUGAUGUAGAAGAAAUGGAAAGUUCAUUAGACAUUUCUUUCGAGUUCUUUGCUAGAUCUCCGACAGCUGAAGUUGAACUCACAAAAACAAAAUACGAGCGUCAUUUUUUUCAUUCCCAAAUAUUUCGUCAUUCAAUUUUGCUGCUAACUGCAUCACCUAUCGAUGAUACUUUACUAUCGUCAAGUUCAUUAGCGGAUAAUAGGAACGUUUCAAAGCAAACAAACGAUUCAGAUUCAAGCAAAAAAAGCAAUGGUACUGUAUUUCUUUGCGAAGAGAAAAACGAAAUGGCUGGUUCAAAAAUUCCUGAUGUCCCAUUCGUCCCAAAGACAAUAUUUUCAAAUUUCAAUAGCUCUAACGCGACACUUGGUACAUACGAAGUACGUGAGAAAAUAUUGAAAAGUUUGAAACAGAGAGUCCCCGUAGAGUAA